UUCGUAAAGUAUUGUUAUACUAGUAUAACAGAUUGACAGAACACUAAUACCCGCUUGUUGGCAUUUCUUUAUUUGAUUGGAAUUUGGAAUUGUGGAGCAAAACAUAAUCUCCGCAAAUAAGGGGCGUUCCAAGGAUUCACCGAUUCAACAUCGAAACCAACCACAAUGUUGUCGAUUGGUUCCUUAGCCAAUAUUAAAUACAUUUUACAAAAGGAGCUCUUCAAUGGGUGCGGCGAACGAUUGCUCACAUCGGUUACGGUGACAAAAACCUUCAAGAAGAAACGAGCCUGUUACCUCUGUGUGGUGACGACACCUCCACCGUUUUCAGUGGUCACAAUGUGUCUGGUCAAACAGGCCGAACAAAAGGAUAGUGAAUAUAAGAAAAAACGCAUAUGGCAAUUGGAUGAAAUCAAGUGGGUGGAUGGACGCAGUGAAGAGUUCGAAAUACAUGAAUUUGAUGUACAGGUGGAAAAACUAUACAAAUGGUAUGCCUUAAAUUUGCACGAAAGACAGAAUUUUUUGGCCGUUCUGUACAAACAAGUCCAAAAAUAUGGUCAGGGACGUGGUGUCAAGGCUGAGUUCCGUAAUAUUCCAAGUGCUUGGCUUAUGGAUAAGUCACCGGAGAAAAUUGGUGGAGUUGGUGGCGGUGGCAGUGGAGUUGGCUCAUCGGACAUGAACAAUCGAGAUGGUCUGCGUAAAAGUGGUGCCGAAACAGAGGAUGAAGAGGAAUCUGAAUUUCAAGAAUUUACAGCAUUGACCGAUAAGGAAUCAAAUGAACUGACAAAACUUUUUACAGAAUGCGAUUAUGCGGUUAAAGAUGCUGAACUGUUGAUUGAAAAACUAUCCAAGGAACUGCAUGAUUUGGAUGGGGCAAAUAUUCAGUCCGUAUUGGCCUCAGAGAAACAAGUAAUGAUGCUCAUGGAGCACAUUGACCAGGCAAUCGGGGAGGCUGAUAAAUUUGAAGAACGUCUGGAUUCCUAUGAGGAAAUUCUAAGCCAUGUAAAAGAAACUAUGGAGAAGAUUGGAGGUAAAAAUGCUAUGAUAAAAAUAGCUAACAACAACAAUAUAAAGCUUAAGGAAGAACUGAGCAAAAUAAUCACCCAAUUAGAUUUUCCGACGGCGUAUCAACAGGUUCUACAAUCGCCUGUCUUAAAUACACCCGAAGGACGCAAAGCUGCCAUUGAAGCUGCACAAUUCCUACAGCAAGCUUUAAACAGUGACAUCGACCCAUCAUUGCAACGUUUGGCCGCCGUACGUGAUCAAAUGAAACGUUUCGAAAUUUGGAAGAAGAACUUUUUGGGACCCGUCAUCAAACAUUUGAAUUGCCUGCUAAUACAUUUAUCAAAUCAAAUUGGUGACACUCCACCUUCUAGCACUGAAUUAAUACUACCUAAUCAUGCUUCGGUACACCAAGAUCUAGUGCCUUAUACUGAGCUGAUGCAUUGGAUCAAGGCCAUGGAUAGGACUAAAUAUGAGGGCUUGACCACAGUCUAUACAACAGCGUUUAGUAAAAUCUAUGAACGAGAUAUACGGAAUUUUUUUAAUUUGGCGAAGCUACAAAUUUCUGGAGGACUGCGCAACUCCCGUGAAGAUUUGGACGUUUCUUCGUCGUCAAUUUCAAAGAAAAAUGCUGUUUCGUCUGUUCCGCAUGGAACAUUGGGGGUUAAUAGAGAUCAAUGGGGACCCGGUGUCGAUGCAGCAGAUAGAGAACGCUUUGAUUCUGUGUUGGAAAAGGUUUUGGCUGAAUUGGAACCCAUAGCCUUGCAAGAGCAAAAGUUCUGUAUAAAUUUCUUCCAAAUGGAUGUGAUAAGUCCCACUGCAAAAUCCGUUGGCCUAGACACUAUGGAUAAGAGUACCGACAUGUCACAGUCCAUUCUUUUAUCUCCUUCUUCAGCCACGGGAGGCGGAGAUGGCUCACAGUUUCCCCAAAAGAAAAUUGAUCGCCAGAUUAAUGAAGAAGUUCGCCGUCUAAUGAAUGCUUUGUUUGGAUGUCUAGAACAGGAAUUGGUUAAUUUCAUACAGAGCUUUGAGCGUUUUGAUUGUUUCUACUCCCUUUACGUAUUAGAUCGCUUAACGCAGCAUGUCAUGUCUGCCCAAGAUACACAUUCCUUUUUAAGUAUGACAUUUGCCUCGGUCCUUGUGCAAGUUAAAAGAAAUUUCGAUCGUUUUAUGCAGCAACAGUUGCAGUCAAUACGUGAUGCCAAACUGCCCAAACGUUCCAAGUGUGGUAUUCUACCAUAUGUGGAAAAUUUCGAAUAUUUUUCACAAACCACCGAGGAAUUCUUUUGUAAAUCUACAAGACGCACAGACAUGGACAAAUAUAUACAGCUUAUAAAUGCAAUAUUCGAAGGUAUUAACACACAUGCCAAGGAACAUCCCAAGACACCGUUGCAAGUUGUUCGCAUGGAAAACUAUCAUCAUAUGCAUUCUUUGUUGGCCCGACUAUGCGCAAAGGUACCCAGUUUGGAUGAGCUAAAGAAGGAGGCCAAGGCUCGUUACAAGGAUGCCCUUAAUAAUUAUGUUAUAUGUUACUUUGGCAGGCCAUUGGAAAAAUUAAAUCAAUUCUUUGAAGGUGUUCAACAGAAAAUUGCCCAAGGUGUAAAGGAAACCGAGAUCAGCUAUCAAAUGGCAUUUUCUAAACAAGAACUACGCAAGGUUAUCAGUCAAUAUCCAGCCCGUGAAGUAAAAAAAGGCAUGGAGAAUCUCUACAAAAAAGUGGAAAAACAUCUAUGCGAAGAGGAGAAUCUUUUGCAGGUUGUUUGGCAUGCAAUGCAGGAAGAGUUUAUUGUACAGUAUAAAUUCCUAGAGGAGCGCAUACAAAAAUGUUAUGCCGGUUCAAUGAUAACAUUGGAAUUUAACAUACAAGAUAUUCUUAAUUUCUUUUCGGAUAUUGCACGUUCCCAUUGAAUGAAGCAGAUUAUAUACUCUUAUCGCAGUAUUUAGGCUAUACACAUAAAUUUAUUAUUUACAUUAUUAAUUUAUUUUUACAUUAUUUUUCGGAAAAAUAAUGUAGAGCUGUUAAUGCGCAUAUUAUUAAAACGAAGUCAUGGUUUAUUUUAUUAAAGGAAAGGUAUAAGUAUA